AUGUCGAUGCCUGGAAGAAACAAGCGUAAAGAAAGAUCCUUGCCAGAAGCGGAAUCGGAACCGUCAGGGAAUCCUUCUUCUUCAGCUGAUCAUAGUUUGUCUUCUCCUCCUCCGACAAGACGAUUUUCCUUUCCGCCAGGUUUUAACUUUAGACCAAACGACUUGGACGUCUUCUUGCUACUUUGCCGGAAACGAGACUACUUGGGCGGAAACAGAGACUUUUUGGUCGACCUUCCUAUUCAUCUCGUGAACAUCUACGAGUCCAAUCCAGGAGAACUAACAGUGAAAUUCAAGAAGGGUAAUGAUACAGAAUGGUUCUUUAUAUCGAAGAAGAACAAGAUGGGUAAAGGUGGGAAAAAGCAGAAACGUUACGACAAAGGCGGAUACUGGCACGCAACAGUUGGUUCCAAUGAGAUUGACGGUGGACAAGGCCUCGUUGGUAACAAAACCGCACUAAGAUACUACGUUGGGAAACAACCUAAUGGCGUAAAAACUAGUUGGUUGAUGCAUGAAUACUGGGUUGAUCAGUGUCCGCCUUCUGCUUCUGCAAGGUAUCUAUGCGACUAUUCUUUGUGCAAGAUCUAUCGGAGUACACAAGCAAUAAACAAGCAGAAGAAAGCAGAGGACGAAGAGAAUGAGCAGCAGCAGCCUCCUACUGUCGACUAUCAUCAACCGCAGCCUCAUCAUGAUAUUUUGCGUAUCAACAACAAUAUCAUGAUUUCAGCAGCUGCUGAAGAAUGA